AUGGCAUCUGAGAUCAAUGUAACAGCCCAAAUAACGGGAUGGGUACCUGUGGAAUCUUCUACUGUGUCGUACAAAAUAUAUGUGAAUGGACCUUUUAAAUCAUAUCAAAUACAAAAACGUUAUAGUGAGUUUGCAAUGUUACAGUCUUUACUAUAUGACCAUGGUUUUAGUUUAUUACCAUCUCUUCCACCAAAGACAUUUUUAUCAAAACCUCAGGAUCCAGUAUUAAUAAAAGAAAGGCAACAAGGAUUACAAGCUUAUCUAAAUAAUAUCCUCAAAAGGUUGGAUAUAUAUUCAUCUUCAAUAUUUUUAAAUUUUCUCCAAAUACCUUCAAGUUUACAGAAUUCAAGAUUUUUACCAAAUUUAAAGUUUGAGUUAUUAGCAGAUUUAUCUGAAGGUCAACAAGCUGUUAGUAAUGUAUUUAUUGAGAAAUUAGUACCCUUAGGAACAUAUUUAGCAUUUAUAAGUUAUCAGGAUAAUUCAUCAUUAUCAAGACUUGGAAAAGUUUGGAGUAUUAUAGAACCAGAAGAUUUGGGAUCUUUAUAUAUAUGGGAUUUACAGUCGAAUAAGCACUUUAAUAAAAGAAAGUCCUUUAACGUUACUCACAGGAAUUCUAUUGAUAAUUUUCAAAAUGCAAUUCAUACAUUGCUAACUAAUACAACACUAGAUUCAUCAAAAUUUAAUUGUUUAAUUAAUGUUACAUUUUCAUAUAGAUGUAGGGGAGUAGUAUAUUUAUCAGAAACGGAUACUUUAUGUGUUUUUUCUGAAAAAGGAUAUUUAGAAAUAUAUAGUGGAAUAAUGAAUAUAUGUGAAGAUUUAAUAUUAUCAAAUCUAAUCUCAAACCCCAAGAAUUUGCGAGAAAUUAUUACUCCUAGAAAUAUCCUUAUUCAUCAUGAUCAAGUACAACAUGUACAUUUACCAAAUUAUCUAAAUAAUAAUGAAUCUCAAUUUUCACUUUCUAUUGGAAUAGAUAAUAGUGUAAGAUUAUUUUGUCUUAAACAAAUGAAAAUAGUAUCUGGAGGUAAUGUGACAAAACGUCUUCAGGGUACUAAAUUAACAUGUUGUUAUCUAGAACAGAAUUUUGCAAGAUUAGGAUUUUUUGGAUCUAACAGUGGAAUUAUAUUAGUACUAGAUAUGGCUAGUCAUCCUCCAUAUUUAACAGCUCAAUUAAAAGAUUCUUCCCAAGAAGCUAUUACUUGUAUCACAGUUAGUGAUGAUUAUAUAAUUGUCGCCUAUACUGAUUUAAUACGUAUUUAUAAUGUUACAAUUGAUGCUAAACAAGGGACAUGUAUAAUAAAUGACAAUCAACCUCUUUGGACAAUUGAACCUUAUUUUUUUUCGGAUAUGAGUAUGGGUCAUAUCUCAUCUAUGUUAAUGGUUAAUAAUAAUCUCUUAUUUGUAGGUGGACAAAAUGUAUUAGCUAUUUUCUUCAUAGAAAAUUAUAAAAGAAAUCUCAGAGAUUCCCCCAAACUCUUAUUAUCAUAUAGUAUUCAUUCUGGAUCUAUAAUUUCUAUAUCUAAGAUACCUGAUGAUAUUAUUACUAAUAAUUCUGUAGAUACUUCAACAUGUCAAGAUAUAUCAUAUAGAUCUAUAAAAUUUUUAACUGCUAGCAAUGAUGGAAUUGUCUUAUUCUGGAAAUUAUGUAUUCCUGAAUUUAUUCAAAAUCAAAUUAAAUCUCCAAUUAAAGAUAUAUUAACAUUAACAAAUAGUGAUGAUGAAUUUGAAACAAUUAAAGAUGGGAAAUAUCCCCAAAUAAAUAAAAGUAUUAAAACAGUUCCAACUCAUUUUAUACCUAGUCAAUCUUACAGUGAUGAUAAUAGUGAAGAUGAUCUAACUUCUGCUUUUCGAUAA